AGGGAGUAGCAGCUCUGAUCUUUAGCUCCACACAGUCGUCUCCUCCAGGACUCCAGGCCACAGGACCUCGUCUCCUCCAGGACCCCAAAAAGACAGUAUGGAGAAGAGCCAGUAUGGACCCCCCCAGGACUUGUCUGCUCCCCCCUACCCCGGCCCCCCGGCGGGCUACCAGGGAAGUGGUGGGGGAACAGUCUACCCCCCUCAGCCUGGCUUCCAGGGAGGUCCCCAACCCGGCAUGUACCCACCACCUCCCCAAUACGGCACGGGCAUGGCACAACCUACAAACGCCCCCAGCGUAACCCAGGUGGUGGUGAUGCAGCAGCCGCUGCUAAGAGACGUACCCGGCCAGAUGAUGUGUCCCCACUGUCAGGUCCCGGUUCUGACAGAGACCACACACGCCACUGGACUGCUCACCUGGGUCAUCUGUGGAGCCCUUUGCUGCUUCAUGUGCUGGCCAUGCUGUUUGAUUCCGUUCUGUGUUGACUCCUGUCAGGACGUAGAACACCGAUGCCCCAACUGCAAGAGAGUGAUCCACAUCCACAAACGCAUGUGAACAGACCAAGAUGAGACACCUGCCACAAAGUGAUCCAUAUCUGCAAACCUACUGUAUAUAUGAACAGAUCUAGCCACAGCCUACUGACAGUUCAGUGCGUAAUCCACAUCAGAAAGACAAUAAUCUACUGUCUCUCUAAAAUGACCACAGCAGGACAGCUUCCUCUACUGUCUCUCUGAAAUGACCACAGCAGGGCAGCUUCCUCUACUGUCUCUCUAAAAUGACCACAGCAGGACAGCUUCCUCUACUGUCUCUCUGAAAUGACUGCAGCAGGACAGCUUCCUCUACUGUCUCUCUGAAAUGACCACAGCAGGGCAGCUUCCUCUACUGACUCUCUGAAAUGGCUGCAGCAGGGCAGCUUCCUCUACUGUCUCUCUGAAAUGGCUGCAGCAGGGCAGCUUCCUCUACUGUCUCUCUGAAAUGACUGCAGCAGGGCAGCUUCCUCUACUGUCUCUCUGAAAUCACUGCAGCAGGGCAGCUUCCUCUACUGUCUCUCUGAAAUGACUGCGGCAGGGCAGCUUCCUCUGCUGUCUCUCUGAAAUCACUGCAGCAGGGCAGCUUCCUCUACUGUCUCUCUGAAAUGACUGCAGCAGGGCAGCUUCCUCUACUGUCUCUCUGAAAUGGCUGCAGCAGGGCAGCUUCCUCUACUGUCUCUCUGAAAUGACUGCAGCAGGGCAGCUUCCUCUACUGUCUCUCUGAAAUGACUGCAGCAGGACAGCUUCCUCUACUGUCUCUCUGAAAUGACUGCAGCAGGGCAGCUUCCUCUAUGGUCUCUCUGAAAUGCCUGCAGCAGGGCAGCUUCCUCUACUGUCUCUCUGAAAUGACUGCAGCAGGACAGCUUCCUCUACUGUCUCUCUGAAAUGACUGCACCAGGACCGUUUCCUCUACUGUCUCUCUGAAAUGCAUGCUGCAGGGCAGCUUCCUCUACUGUCUCUCUGAAAUGACUGCAGCAGGGCAGCUUCCUCUACUGUCUCUCUGAAAUGACUGCAGCAAGGCAGCUUCCUCUAUGGUCUCUCUGAAAUGCCUGCAGCAGGGCAGCUUCCUCUACUGUCUCUCUGAAAUGCCUGCAGCAGGACAGCUUCCUCUACUGUCUCUCUGAAAUGACUGCAGCAGGACAGCUUCCUCUACUGUCUCUCUGAAAUGACUGCAGCAAGGCAGCUUCCUCUACUGUCUCUCUGAAAUGACUGCAGCAGGGCAGCUUCCUCUAUGGUCUCUCUGAAAUGCCUGCAGCAGGGCAGCUUCCUCUACUGUCUCUCUGAAAUGACUGCAGCAGGACAGCUUCCUCUACUGUCUCUCUGAAAUGACUGCACCAGGACAGUUUCCUCUACUGUCUCUCUGAAAUGCAUGCUGCAGGGCAGCUUCCUCUAUGGUCUCUCUGAAAUGACUGCAGCAGGGCAGCUUCCUCUACUGUCUCUCUGAAAUGACUGCAGCAAGGCAGCUUCCUCUAUGGUCUCUCUGAAAUGCCUGCAGCAGGGCAGCUUCCUCUACUGUCUCUCUGAAAUGCCUGCAGCAGGACAGCUUCCUCUACUGUCUCUCUGAAAUGACUGCAGCAGGGCAGCUUCCUCUACUGUCUCUCUGAAAUCACUGCAGCAGGGCAGCUUCCUCUACUGUCUCUCUGAAAUGGCUGCAGCAGGGCAGCUUCCUUCCUGUCAAUGGGAACGUGUGACAGGGUAUUAUUCACCAUAUGUGCCGGCUGCAGAGUAAAAAUGGACUAUAUCGUAAAAAUUAAUGAAACCAAAAAAUGUGCUUAAGGUGAGGCAUUAGGGUCAGCAGUGUGGUUAUAUUUGAUGACUUUGUGGCUGUGCUACUGAUUGUAAUGACGUUUUUUAAUUAAAUGGAUUUAAACAGAAAGUAUUGUUCUUUCUAAAAAAUAA